AUGGCCACCAAGAUCCAGCAAAAUGGAACUUCCCCUCCCAAGAAGGGGGUUCAGAAUUCUGGAAUCCUGGGAUUUGAAUGUCUGCAGUUGCCUUCCUUGGAGGUUGAAAGUCUUGAGACCAGCAUGAGAAUGCAGGAGGAAGAGAGUGAAGGAACUAGGCUUCAUUCCUGUUCCAGCAGUCAAGGAGAAUAUGUUUCACUUUUGCAGGAAACUGAGAGCGAGGGGGCAAUAUCUUCUCUUUUCCUUGACUUGGAGCAACCUUGCCCCCCUCCUCGUAAAACUUCGCGUCAAUAUCUGAAGCGGAUCAUUGCUGAAUAUGAAGCCUUGGACAUGGAAAUGCCUUGCAUCCGCAAGUUCCCUCGGCCACCGGCCGCCCGACCCCUUUGCCUCUGUUUGGAGAACCCGCCUGAAAAGGAGAUGAAGCAUGCUGAAAUCCUAGCAGCCAUAGAAGCUGCCAUUCCCAAUGCCUUUGAAACAGGCCUCCUACGCAGCAUCCAAUUUGAAAACAUCAAUGUGAUCUGUGGAACUGCUGGGCGGAAGAACAGGUGGCUGAUCACAGUGUCGGAUUUCCGAACUCGGAACCAGCUCUUGUGUUCUGGACUGACCUUGGAUGAAAACCAUUUUGUGCUGCGACGCUGGGACAACCUGGUGAUGGAGGACUAUCGCAUGCAUCUUCGAAGGGCCCUAGCCCGUCAGCGUCUGCUGGACACUCUCAGUGACUCUUGGGAGGCUAGCCGCUUGGAUGGCAUCUGACCUCCAGGGAGGAUAUGAAUCCGAAGCCAAGCAAAACAUGAUGAUGCUCCCCUGCUUGUGGAUCUGUUUAAUCCUUCUUUUCUUCUUCCUCUCCUAAGUUAGAAACGGAUGAGGCUAGUUUCCCCUGAAAGCUUAGACUCCUGGCUUUUAUUUCAGGUCCUUCUGAUUCCACAUUUGGAAAGAGGGUGCCCCCUAGAGGAACUUUGAAGUACAUCCGCUUUUCUGCUCUGCCUGGCUGUCUCAGAACUAGGCAGUGUGGGGAGGAACUGCUGUACUGUACACUGUCACACCUUUGUGUGUGAAGGACUGCAGGGAAACUUUUCCAAAAUGCUGUUGCUACUGCUCUUGGAAGCCAAGGAGCAAGCACGCAUCUUCUAACAGUGGGAGAAGUAGAAAGCUCUAGAAAGCCCAUGCAUUUGUGGCAAGUGAUUUCUUGCAGCUUAAAUUUCCAGUUGCUCCCCAGUUUGUUUCAGUCCACUUUUCUAUCUUCCUUUUUUAUUUUCCUGGUGAAUGUGCAUAGAUUGAAACCACCAUUCCUUUAUUUCUGCAUGUUUGAUGUAGUUUGUUUUUAUUUAUUUUUAAUUAAAAAAAAUACCCGAUCCUUUCAUGCAUACAAAUUGCUUGGGGAAAUUGAAACAGGCUGUUUUUUCUCCCUCCCAUCCGCCCCUUGCUGCCUGACCUAUUCUGAGUAAAUGUUAACAUCUGAAUUUAUCAGAGGACCUCAUCUGGUUAAUUUCAUAACCUCUUAAUUUUAAAAUCCUCAUAGAAAGUUAUCUGGCUGAAUUUCCUGGUUUAUAAUUUGCAUGUAGUCUCCCCAAGCAGUGUUACCCACCUAAAUUGUAUAAUAUCCCCAGACCUCUCCCCCUGUCCCCCCC